AUGGCGGGGAUGGACCAGAUCUACUCUGCUACCUACAGCAGUGUCCCCGUGUUCGAGUUCAAGAUCGAUGGCGACAGUGUCAUGAGAAGACGGGGCGAUGAUUGGGUCAAUGCAACACACAUCCUCAAAGCAGCGGGCUUUGACAAGCCCGCACGAACUCGCAUUCUGGAACGCGAGGUUCAGAAGGGGGUACAUGAGAAAGUCCAAGGUGGCUAUGGCAAAUAUCAGGGAACAUGGAUUCCACUUCCGGAAGGUCGUCAACUCGCCGAGCGCAAUAACAUUCUUACCAAGUUAGCUCCCAUCUUCGAUUAUGUUGCUGGGGAUCAUAGUCCCCCACCCGCACCGAAGCACACCUCCGCUCCGUCUAAACCAAGAGCGCCCAGAAAGUCAGCCGCCGCAAGCCGUGCUGCCGCCGCCGCUGCCGCAGCGGCGGCAGAGACUCUUGUUGUUCAACCUCAGCGGAGCAUGGGCCCUCCCACCAUCCCACAAGACCAUUAUGACCUCAAUACCGGAUUUGACGACAAUGAAUCACUUGGACAUGCUACAAUCGAGUCGUCCUCUAUGGUUGCAGAUGAAGACAUGCUUCAAAUGUCGCAUGGCGGUCGGAAGCGGAAGCGUGGAGUGGACGAAGCAACCGCGAUGUCUAUCAGCGAACAGGAACAUAUAAUCUAUGGCGAUCAACUCCUAGACUAUUUCAUGACUGUGGGUGAUGCUCCAGAGGCAACGCGAAUCCCUCCUCCCGAGCCCCCCGCUCAUUUCCAAGUCGACCGCGCCAUUGACGACUCCGGAAAUACGGCCCUGCACUGGGCCUGCGCGAUGGGCGACUUGAUGAUCGUGCAAGAUCUUCUGCGCAGAGGGGCUAAUGUUAAGGCACUCUCUCAGCAUGAAGAGACGCCGCUCGUCCGAGCUGUUCUGUUCACCAACAACUAUGAGAAGAGAACGUUCCAGGCACUCCUGGAUCUGCUCCUGGAUACUGUGUCUUUCCGGGACUGGUUUGGUGCCACUAUUUUCCAUCACAUUGCGGAGAAUACCCGAAGCAAGGGAAAGUGGAAGAGCUCCCGUUAUUAUUGUGAAGUGCUCCUUGAUAAGUUGUGCAAGACGUGCUCGCAAGAUGAAAUUGAUUUGUUAUUAUCAUGCCAAGAUCAGAAUGGUGACACAGCAGUCCUUGUCGCUGCUCGCAAUGGCGCAUUCCGCCUGGUGAACAUACUUCUCGUGCAUUGCCACCGCGCUGGUGAUCUCGUCAACAACAAAGGAGAGACUGCUAGUAUGAUCACUAACCGAUCCCACCACACCGAGCAUGAUAUUCCUCCAGCUCCAUCUUCUACCAUAAUGGCCAAUGAUCACAUGGAUGGUGAAGGUGGUCUUAUGGAAGAUCGCCACUCUGUUGCCCUUACGGCCGAUGCUCCCGCGACCUUGGAACUGCUUUCCAAGAUAGGAACAAUCAUGGCCGAGGCUAACAAAAAGCUUGCUGUGACAUAUGGGAACUCAAAGAUCAACCAACAAGAUUCUAAUGAUGUUGCCAACCCCGAAGCAUUACACGAACAACUUGAAUCUGAUCGCCAGAAGAUUCAAAAGCAGCUUGCUGCAUUAUCAGCAAAGGAAGCUGAAUACGAGCGCAGUGACGACCAGCUUGGUCGCUAUGAAAAGUUGCGCGCAAACUACGAGUCUCUUCUCGAGCAGAUACAGCAUUCACGUUUAGCCCAGCAGCUUUCGAUCACGGAGACGCCAAAACCGACGCCAGCCUCUCUUGAGCAAGAUGACUUGCUGACUCGGUAUCAACUCGCCCAGGAGCUGUGCUCUGCCCAGAGGAUACGACGCAAUGCCGUCAAAGAUUUAGCCCAGCAAACAGCGGAUGCUGGCGUGAGCACCAAGUUUGAUGUGCACCGCAAACUUGUGGCUUUGGCCACCGGACUGAGAGAAGAAGAUCUGGAUCCUAUGGCUGCUGAGUUGGCCGAAACUCUGGAGUUUGACCGAAUGAACGGCAAAGGCACAACUCCAGAACUGGGCCACCGUCGCCUACCGUCCCAGAACGACUCGGCCGCGCUUCCUGGCCCUAGUGUUCCAGUUGAUGCUUAG